AUGUUCUAUGUAAUCGUCAUUUUUGUGGAGCAAUUGACGCAGAUAUGGCCAUUGUUAAUGUUGGCUAUAGUCACAGUGGUCACUUAUUUGGCCUCCGCACAGCAACUGAAACGUCGUCAGGUGCAAGCGGAACAGGCAGAAGAUUCAGCGGAUGUUGAUGAAUCCAAUAAGGUUGACUCAAAACGUCACUCGUCCAGACUGAACAGUUUGCCGUUGUUACCCGUAGAGUUACCGUCAUCAUCACAGUCCCCUCACCGUUCUCCUUUGCACGAUCGCUAUCGUCUUUCGCGUUUAUCACUGCCACUCAAUCGUCCUCCUCCACCUCCGUACGAACGUUUUCCACAUUUCCAAGCAAUUCCAUCACAUCCUCCUGUCAGUGUUAUCGAUUAUUCUGAUGGUCGCAAUUUAUUGAACAAGAAAGAGGCACCGCCAAGUGCGAUCAAAGAAUCUUCUGAGUCAUCGCAGACUAUCGACGAACAAGAUGGCGAUAAAGGUAAUAUGAGUAGUGCAUUUGAUAUGGCUAAUUGA